UCCCCGUGUUACCGCCCUUCGCCUGAGUGAGAAGUCAAGCACUGAAGACAUCGCUUUCACUGGGAACACUGGUAUUAUUUGGAGAUUCCUUAGCCCGGCCCCAGUAGCCUCAGGUAGUGUCUCCCUGAUUUGAAGCAGCGAGCCUGAGAAGCAACAGUGUGACUGUGGUCUGCUGUCCAGUGUUGUUUAGCAAGCUAUAGCCGGCACCAUGGCACUGUCGUACAAGAAGGACCUGGACAAGUACAAGGAUCUCGACGAAGAUGAAAUCCUCAACAAACUGUCGGCGGAUGAACUGAAACAGCUGGAGACAGCCCUCGAGGAGAUGGACCCUGAGAAUGCUCUUCUCCCGGCGGGUAUGCGUCAGAAGGACCAGACGGUGAAGAAAGACACGGGACCAUUCAACAGGGAUAGCCUCCUCAGAUACCUGGAGAAGGAAGCCAUCGAGUACAAGGACAGAGAGGAUAUUGUGCCCUUCACAGGGGAGAAAAAAGGUAAAGUAUUUGUUCCUAAGCAGAAACCAAUAGAAACAUGCCAGCAGGAAGUCACAACCCUCGACCCGGAAUUGGAGGAAGCCCUGUCCAGCGCCACAGAUACAGAACUAUGUGAUCUUGCAGCAAUUCUGGGUGUUCACACGCUGGUCACCAGUACUCAGACGUAUGAUGGGACUGGAACUAAAGAGGGCUACAACAAUGUGAUUAAAGGAGAGAAGAUGAACCCAGUGUUUGAUGAGCCUCCCAACCCCACUAAUGUAGAAGAAACCCUGCAGAGGAUAAAGAGCAAUGACAGCUCCUUAACAGAGGUUAACCUGAACAACAUUAAGAACAUCCCAAUUCCCACGCUUAAGGACUUGGCCAAAGCCAUGGAGAAGAACACGCACGUCAAGAAGUUCAGCCUGGCAGCAACACGGAGUAACGACCCCAUCGCUGUGGCGUUCAGUGAAAUGCUGAGGGAGAACAAGACGUUGCGAAGUUUGAACUUGGAGUCCAACUUCAUCACCGGGGCGGGGGUGCAGGCUCUGGUUGAUGCGUUGCGAGACAACGACACACUCACAGAGAUCAAGAUAGACAACCAGAGGCAGCAGCUGGGCACUACCAUAGAGAUGGAGAUAGCUAAAAUGUUGGAGGAGAACAACAGCAUAGUGAAGUUUGGUUACCACUUCACCCAGCAAGGACCUCGCUCCAGAGCUGCAGCAGCGAUCACCAAGAACAAUGACCUGGUCCGCAGGAAGAGAGUGGAAGGGGACCUGUAGGGGCGGGGUCCAACCUGUCUCCCAGCCAAUCCUGUCGUUUCAUCUCACCAUGUGGAAUAAUUUCAGCCACUGCCCUGGUCUCAUCUCACUGUGUGGAAACUUAAGUCUUGUGCCAAACUGCGGGGCAAGGCGUGCUCAACCAGAACAUACAUCUGAGAAGAAGGGAAAUAACUGGAAUUGCCCUCUCCCAUAUACAUGUUUAUACUUAUGUUUAUUAUUAUUAUUAUGUUGUUGUAAUUGAAGGUGUAAAUCUGAUUUAGUUUUUAGUCGUUUCAUUUCAGCUGCUCCUUUUUUUGAGCCUUUAAAUGACUUGUCCAGACUUUUUACUUUUUUUCUUUUAUACUGUGCUAUAAUCAUUUUCAUUUUAAUUUCAUUUUUCGUUUAUUUCACAUUACCAAGUAACAGAAAGAACAAUAACAGCUUUGUAUAAACAGUAACUAACAUUCAGAAACCCCUGUCUUCUCUACUAAGAUAGUUUGCUGUUGAGGCCUGAGCCUCCAGUAAAAAUUCCUAUAUUGAACCAGUGGAGUUAGUCCUGAAAUCAAUCUGUUUGAUGGAAAGCAGUCUGUUAGCAGCCCAGCUUACUGCCAUCUCAUACAGAACAGUAAUAGUUUAGCCAUGACUACUAGUCCUGCAAACUUUGUCUGACUGUACAGCUGUAGAAAAGACAAGUUGCUGUCUGUCAGCAUGUAGUAACCAGCAGCACAGUGCAGGUAUGAUCCUUUGCUCUGAUGUCACUGAGCACAUCACUUUUGUACAUUUCACAUGUAGGGUGGUUUGCAGGUGUUGUUUAUUGGUGUUGCCUUGUAAUUCCAGCUAUAACUGCUGGGCUGAUGUACAUAACGGUUGAUGUGUGCACGGUGUUUUAGUUAGUGCUGGCCUCACGCUGUAGUCAGCCUAAGAAAUGAUGCUGACUCACCCCCCUUAUACGGAAUCUAUACUGAAAGUACCAGUGCAUAUGUUUUCUAUUUCUUUUAUUCUAUCUGAAGAUCUUGAUUUUCAUACGGUUCAAAUUCUGAUGUCGGUUAUCCCAAUCAUUUAUAUUUCUUAACAGGACAUUAUAACUGUAUUUUGAUAUUUUGGAUCAAGUAAAAGUGGGAUUGUACUGUAAAACAAAAAGGAUAUUAAACCUAGUUUAGACUGAAGAGGUGUAACAAAUGACGCUGUAAAUGUCUGCUCGAUGCACUGAGCUUCUCUGAUGCUUAACCAUGCCAAAGACUAACAGGUGCAGUGCUUAACGUAUCAAUAUUGGAGUGAUUGAUUAUUGGAUUAGCUUUUGGCUAAUAAGCUACAGUCACAUCCUCACAGUACACAUCUGAGAAAGGAGGCAAUGAUCUAAAAAAAUUUUUUUUUAGAUGGCCCCAUGCUCUGCUACAUUUUGUCUUUCAUUUUUGUCGACCAUUUAUAGCAAAAUGUUCAUCAAGUAGCUCAGUGAGAUGUGAGGAAGAGUUGGCAAACAGCUUGUGUGAAACCUCUCAGUUCAGCUCCUCAGGUUGCAGCUACUUUUUGAAAGUUUUUUUUUUUUUUUUAAGUGAAAUACAUCUCCCAGAUAGAAAAAGAAUUUUACAGACCUUAAAUUUUACUUUUCACACACACUUGGCACUCAGCAGGAUCUUAGCAGUAGCAUGUCAUUCAUUAUGUAAGAGAUGACAACAUGCUGUGUGUGCCUCUAACUGAACUUAGGUACACUAACCUGCUUGAGAUGGGAUGGGUGUAACAGGACUAAUUCAGGAGUUACUUGAAACUUGUAUAUACUGUUCAUGUGUAAUAGGAACAAUAUGCUGGCAUGAAGUCAUCACUUGUGAACAUCAUGUUUCUAUCGACCAAAAAUGUUCUUUCAUCUUAACAGCCUCACAUUCCUUGGACAAGAGUUGUAUGGCUGAGCUCAGUACUUUGGGUUUUAUAACUGUGUGCUUCUUCCAUGAUCAUAUCCGCUAGUGUUUCUUUUUUGACAUUAUUGUGCUUUGCUGAUGGACAGUCAGCUAAAGUGGAAAACUGCUUCUUUGCUUGGGCUUGUUAAUACUAUUCUGUGAUUCAUAAAAUGUAUAUUAAUUGUAAAAUGCCAUCUCAAGUUGCACACACACCCUUUUAUGUGUGUACCACAUACAGUAAAUCUACACAACUCACUGCUGAGAUUUUUUUUUAUACCUUAAUUCAAAAUCCAGGUGUAGAGUCAACAUAAGGAAUAUGUACUAUUAUAAAACGCACUGCUGAAUAUAAGACAUCCUCAACAAUAAAUGUUUUUACAUACAGUAAA